GAGCUACAGAGACCGCGCUGCACACCAGGUGUUUGAUCAUUUGCCUGCCAAAGAACCCCGCAUUCUCUUUUGCGUUGCUGUGACAGUGCUCUGGCAAUAAUGUGGUUCGGCGGAGAAGUGAAGAACAUGGAUUGCAUCUGGAAAAAUAACUAUACAAAAUGCCAGAACGGCGCAGUGCAAACUAGAACAUGCACUCAUGCAUUCCCCUGAAUGGUUCUUGAUGUUCUUCACUGUACUCAGCCAUUCGGCAGAAGGCAAUCGUAACAUCCGUAGAGGAGCUGCUACCCGCAAACUUGUACACGAGUUAUGAAGAUACGAUAAAUCGAAGCACAAGCCAGAGCAACCAGAGCAUCCCUGACUCACUCAUCAUUAUGAGCUUGAAUCCUAUGCGGUGUUAAGAUAAGUCAACAAAAGCUUCUCAUUAUCGACUCCACUUACGCUCUGCAAAUGGCAUGGCAUGUAGAUCAGACAGGACAUGUUUUUUUUGCAUCGCCUAUCAUCUGCCUACUCCUUAAGCACUAAGAAUGAAAUCUGUACCAAAGGGUAGUUAUUCCGGUGAAUUUUGUAUAACGAGGGUUUUAGAUGGGACAUGAUACUAUUGGGUGAACAAUUAAUCGUUAUACACUUGCUUUAGCAUGUAAUUAGGCAGGCCAAUCAUGGAGGAACGGAACUUAGUUAGGGAGAUAGCCCAUAGGUUUGCACUUUGUACUGAUGCAUAUAUUAGUAGAUCUUAACAUCUUAGAUGUCUCAAUAAAGCAGAUGCAUGCAAGUGGUAAAGCUGAUAAAUGAAAAGAUGAGUGUCUUUCCAGUGUCUUUACAUGUAAAGAAGAGAUACUAAACAGUAUGUUAACAUGGAAUGUGAGGAGCUGUCGAUUUAUAGAGGAUCAGGAACAAAGUAACAUUUUUUUUCUAGGAUAUACAUACAAAGAUGGUACAAUUUCAUAGAUUCUUAGGAGUCGGUGAGGAGAGGCAUAUGUAGGUGCAGCAUGGAAUCAUAUGCAUUGCUCGCAUUAAUGUAAAGAGAACUGAGCAAGCAUAGUUAAUCCAACCUGUCAGUUGUAACGGACAUGGAUAGAGUUUGGUUAUAAAUCUAAUAUAUCUUUGGUAAGUAUAGCAGAAAGAAGGAAAUUAUUUUCUUAGUUAAUUUAUUAAGGGCUCAUGAAUGCAGAAUUGAUAAAGGUACUAGAUUUAGUGAAAAUUAUUGGUGUUGCAGAAAACAUGGAAAAUCAUGUUUAGUUUACCUGAAGUAUAUCAAUUAUUUUCUGCAGAUUGACAAAUAUUCAUUAGUAAACAAAAGCGAUGGGAAAUUGUUUUUCAUUAUGUCACCGCAACAACACUUUCUGAUGGCCGGAAAAUGUUACUGGUAUUUGUUUUCUGUCUUUAUUAAAACGGAUAAAUGCUUUGGUUGACCAAUGUGUUAACAUGUAUGACACAUUAGAAUAUAGUGCAUAUUCAUUUGCAAUUACUAAUAAACUACAUGUGUGAGCCAGAAAACCGAAACAAAAGCACAAACAGCGCUAUCCUGGAACACAUAGACAUUUGUAUUGAGCUUCCCUUAGUUGAAACAAUUUCCAUCUAAUCUUAAGAAUAUGUUCAAGAUGAGGACAUUCGCUAACCUGGGAUUCAUCACAACAGAAGAUCACAUGUGUUUCACGAUUAUGCUUUAGAGUUUGCAUAAUGCAAUGAAGAAAAGAACAAGGAGAAAACACAGCAAAGUGCAGGGAGCAAGCUCACUUUCAAGUGGACUGAGGUUUCAGCUGGAGCUCCAAUAGUCAUUGCAUCCCCCCCGAGACACAAGCUGGUAGUAAAUUACUAGAGCUACAGCUUGGGAGAAGCCAUGAAGAGCUCUUCAGUUGCAUCAAGCCUGAAACACGAGCAAGUAGAUGCUAGCAAACUGCAGGAAGGUGUCCUCAACAACCUUGAGCUUAGGCUUGGAAUUUCUUCAGACAAUGGCCUGUGUGGUGGUGGAGGCACUACUAAUCCAUGGCUUGGUGUUGGAGUGCACCCUUGGAGCCUGUCUUCCGGGCAAGACAAGGCAGCCCUGGAGCAAGUUCAGCAGAGGCCUAAUGAGAGCCACAUGCAAAGAGAAGAUCGCCCCCAAGUGGUCGGAUGGCCACCAUUGUGCACAUUCCGCAAGAAUCUGUCCACCACAUCUACAAGGUCUGCAUAUUCUCAAGAUCUGAGCAAAGUGGAACCCUGCUCUGAAGAAGAAGAAGACCAUGGAAACACUGGAGUUUCAGGACAAGAGAGGCCAGCUAUGUUUGUGAAGGUGAACCUGGAAGGUUACGCUGUCGGGAGGAAGAUCGACAUCAAUGCGCACCACAGUUACACUUCUCUGUCCGGGGCUCUGCAGAGCAUGUUCCAUGGCUUCCUGUCAGAUGGCCAUCGGAGGAUUGCAACUAGAGAGGAUGGAGAGCAGCUGGAGCGUCAGAAGGGCAAUGGUGGGAUGAAGAACUACAUCCUUCUGUAUGAGGACAACGAGGGCGACCGCAUGCUCGUCGGCGAUGUCCCAUGGGAGUUGUUCAUCGCUUCAGUGAAGAGGCUUUACAUUACUAAGGACUCCAGAGCUGACAAAAGCGACACGAAGAACAGUGUUACAUGAUGAUUAGAUGUCGAGGCUGUUUCUCUGCUUCUAGCAACUGAACUGACAACAGGAGAUUGCAUACGUCGACGUGGCACGAAUCUCCAGGAUUGUAGACGGUCCUGAUAUGGUCUUCGCCUACAACGGGCUGCCGAAAAUCUGCAUCCUAAGCUUCGAAUUAGGUUGCCUGUAAAAAUCUGUUUAUUUUACCUUCUCGCGGUGCAUCCAGGAGUGUAGUACGAUUAAAAUUAAUGUAGGAAGUUUUGUUUGUACAAUCGAAUAGAUAGCGGAUUAGCUAAUACUCAUGUAAAAUAGCACUGGGUGUAAUUAUGUAUCGUGGAAUAGGUAGUAAGGCUCCGGUACACUGACCUGUUAAAUCUUCUCCGCAAAGUGUUUUAUCAACCUCCAUGGAGCUUUAUGUCUUUUUUAGAAAAUAAAAGCUUUAUUACCGGGUCUC